AAACAUGUUAUAUUUGAAUAUUUUGAACAAGAUGUUCAAUCUCAUUAUUUAACAAAAACAUUUCCAUCAUCAUCUUCUUUAAAAGGAAAGCAUGAUAAUUUAUAUAAAAUUGGUUGUAUUAUUGAUUAUAAUUAUAGAAAUAAAUAUGUAUGGGUUCCAUUAGUGGAAGCACGUUAUACUUCUAUUGAUACCGAGUACUGUAGUUUACUGAAUGAAUGGAUAAACAAAGAUUUAAUUAUGAAAGUAGAACAAAAUUAUGGGAAGACCGCAUUUAGAAAUUGUGCAAGCAUUGAGAAAAGCAUACAGGUACAGAUUAUUCGUGUAACAGAAGUACAACUAUUUAUAGUAGUUCUGUUUCACCUGAAUUAAAAACUGCUUUCUCCGGGGGUUUUACACUUCUGGGAACAUUUCUUAUUACAUUUUGUCUUUGUUUUAAGGAAUUACAAGUUUAUUCCCAUCGGAUAUUGGAUUCACAAUAUUCUUAAUAAGGAAAAAAGAAUAAUAGAGAGAUUAGUUCCAGAAGAUUCAUGCGAAUUAAUAAAAAUAUCAUUGAAUAUGGUACUUCAUAUUCCAAAAACGAAGAAUUAG